GGGAAUCUGGGGAGGGGGCUGGCUGGGAGUGGCCAGGGUGGCUCCAGCCCUCGGCGGCCCCUCCCCUCCCAUGGGGCCAUCCAGUCCCUUCCCCAGGGCUGCUCUUCCUAUGGCCUCUGACCCCCUCCUCCUCCUUACCCUGCUUUGCCGGGCGCACCCGGUGCCCAGCGAGUCCCUUUCCCAAACCUCCUGGGAGAAGGGGCGUGGGAGGAGGCAAAGAAACUUACAGGGAGCUGGAAAGGAGGGGUAGAGAGAGGAGAAAUAAAGACACCAGACAGAGGGAGACACGGACACACACACACAGAAAGAGAGGCCAACAGAGACUGAGAGACAGAGACAGGGAGACAAAGACAGACAGAAAGAGAGACAGAGAGACAGUGGGAAACAGACUAAGUCACUGAGGCAGAAAUAGAAGAGAGAGAGACAGAAAGGCAAAGGAGAAAUAAACAGAAAAUCAGACGCCAAAGAGAUACAGGAAGAAAGAGCCUGAAAUAGAGAUCGAGAAAGAGGAGAGAGAAGCCAGGCCGAGCAUGCCAGCUGGCGGGAUGGAGGGUCUCCUGGCGUGGGAGAUGUAGGGGCCGCAACCUGGGCGGAGCUGGGUGGGCAGAGGGAAGCGGGGCCUUGGCGGGGGUGAGGGGCAUGGGAGGGGCCGGCAUUCUGCUGCUGCUGCUGGCUGGGGCGGGGGCGGGGGCGGCCUGGAGACCCCCGAAGGGGAAGUGUCCUCUGAGCUGCUCCUGCUCCAAAGACAGUGCCCUGUGUGAGGGCUCCCCGGACCUGCCCGAGAGCUUCUCCCCAACCCUGCUGUCACUCUCCCUCGUCAGGACUGGAGUCACCCAGCUGAAGGCCGGCAGCUUCCUGAGGGUGCCAACGCUGCACCUGCUCCUCUUCACAUCCAACUCCUUCUCGGUGAUUGAGGACGAUGCAUUUGCGGGACUGUCCCACCUGCAGUACCUCUUCAUCGAGGACAAUGAGAUCGGCACCAUCUCUAAGAACGCUCUCAGAGGACUUCGUUCACUCACACACCUAAGCCUGGCCAAUAACCACCUUGAGACCCUCCCCAGAUUCCUGUUCCGAGGCCUGGAGACCCUGACUCAUGUGGACCUCCGCGGGAACCCGUUCCAGUGUGACUGCCGUGUCCUCUGGCUGCUGCAGUGGAUGCCCGCCGUGAACGCCAGCGUGGGGACGGGGGCCUGCGCCGGGCCCGCCGCCCUGACCCACAUGCAGCUCCGCCACCUGGACCCCACGGCGUUCAAGUGCAGAGCCAUAGAGCUGUCCUGGUUCCAGACGGUCGGGGAGUCGGCGCUGGGCGUGGAGCCUUUCUCCUACCAGGGGGAACCCCACAUCGUCCUGGCACAGCCCUUUGCCGGCCGCUGCCUGAUCCUCACCUGGGACUACAGCCUGCAGCGCUUCCGGCCCGAGGAGGAGCUGUCUGCGCCCUCGGUGGUGUCCUGCAAGCCGCUGGUGCUGGGCCCGCGCCUCUUCGUGCUGGCCGCGCGCCUGUGGGGAGGCUCGCAGCUCUGGGCCCGGCCUGGCCCCGGCCUCCGCCUGGCCCCCACGCAGGCCCUGGCCCCGCAGCGCCUGCUGCGGCCCAAUGAUGCCGAGGUCCUGUGGCUGGACGGGCAGCCCUGCUUCGUGGUGGCCGACGCCUCCAAGGCGGGCAGCACCACCCUGCUGUGCCAGGACGGGCCCGGCUUUUACCCGCGCCAGAGCCUGCACGCCUGGCACCGGGACACGGACGCCGAGGCCCUCGAGCUGGACGGCCGGCCGCACCUGCUGCUGGCCUCCGCCUCGCAGCGGCCCGUGCUCUUCCACUGGUUUGGCGGCCGCUUCGAGAGGCGCACGGACAUCCCCGAGGCCGAGGACGUCUACGCCACACGCCACUUCCAGGCUGGGGGGGACGUGUUCCUGUGCCUGACGCGCUACAUCGGGGACUCCAUGGUCAUGCGCUGGGAUGGUUCCAUGUUCCGCCUGCUGCAGCAACUUCCCUCACGUGGUGCCCACGUGUUUCAGCCACUGCUCAUCGCCAGGGACCAGCUGGCCAUCCUGGGCAGCGACUUCGCCUUCAGCCAGGUCUUCCGCCUGGAGCCUGACAAGGGGCUCCUGGAGCCGCUGCAGGAGCUGGGGCCCCCGGCCUUGGUGGCCCCCCGUGCCUUCACCCACAUCACCAUGGCCGGCAGACGCUUCCUCUUCGCUGCUUGCUUCAAGGGCCCCACACAGAUCUACCAGCAUCACGAGUUAGACCUCAGUGCCUGAGACGGAGACCCUGGACAUGGCUGGCCAGGGGCUGGCAUGCAGUCCUAGGCCUCUGGACGCCUCCUUGACUGGCCUCCUGGCCCCACUUGAGGUGAUAGCUGGCCUUGUGAGAUGCUGACCACAGGCCGAGCUCGAGGCAAGAGCUGCCCCUCCAGUCUUAAGCAACAUCUUGGCUGGAGCUAGAUGCCCCACCAAGGGUGACUUGGGGGCUCAGGCUGGGGCACUGCACGGAGCGGGAUACAGAAGUCAGGGAGGCGGUAACGUACGGAGCUCCAUGAGGUCUGGGAGCGCCCCCCUCAACCCACUCCCAACCCUCCUGCUCGCGCUGAAAGUACCGAGGAGGAGAGAGCUUUCUCUCCCCUCUAAACUCAAUCCGGCCAAUCGCUUUUAGUGCCCGCCUCCAUGACGUCACCAGUCGCUGGGCGGGUUUCCCUGCCUGGCUCGCUAACUUCCUCUGCUGCUUGUGCGCAUGUCUCCCGCCGAGGCGGAAGCCCUGCGUGUCGUCCCUCCUGCGCCUGCGCCUGCGCGGGGAAUAGGUGGGAAAGUGAGAGUUGGCGCCGGGAGCCCCGGGUACCCCUCCGGGUGGGUGACAGAGGCGAGGACAGAAAGCGUAUGAUCUCAAUAAAGGCGCUGUGAACCCGC